GCCUACGUAGCCCGUGAGUGCGUGCGUGUGUCAUAUAUAGGUAGCGUAGAGAUCGCGUGUGUGCAAAGCCAGCCAGAGGCAUUUGUAGGAAGUCGGAUCGAGGCGACGGAGAGUACUCGGACGUCAUCAGAAAGUUUGCGGCGGUGGAACAUAACAGUGCCAGCCGCGACGUAGCAGCAGCAUGACGCUGCUGCUGAGCUUAUAGUAGUUCGUUUGAGCUACUCGCUUUCCACUUUCGCGGAGGUGAAGGAGAGAGAACAGGGCCGCGGAGUCAAACAGGCGGACGGAGUAAAAGGAAAAGAACGAAGGAGCUUUCCCAGGCGAAGGCCGUAUAAUUUGCAUCUCUACCAGGCGGGGCACCCAGACGCAGACGUAUAUACGUAAUAUACAAUGGCAUCCGCUAAGAAGAAGCAGGACGAAAAGAAUCUGAAGACAUUGCGCGAGCUGGUCUCGCAGUCCGGUAACAAGGAGUGUUUCGACUGCCAGCAGCGCGGACCCACUUAUGUUAACAUGACAAUAGGCUCUUUUGUUUGCACUACCUGCUCGGGCAUGCUCCGAGGACUGACUCCGCCGCACCGCGUCAAAUCAAUCUCCAUGGCAACUUUCACGCAGGACGAAAUUGACUUUCUCAGGGAGCGCGGUAACGACUUUUGCAGAGCGAUUUGGUUGGGUCUGAUGCCACAGGACACGACGAGUGCGCAUAGUAGUUGCAAGGACGAGCAGAAGAUGAAAGACUUUAUGAGUGCAAAGUACGAAUUGAAAAGAUACUAUUUGGAUCCUGCGAUGGCCAGUCAGCUGUUGAAUCAAAAGUCACAGAGUGAAAAAGCUCAAUCAAGUACUGUGUUGCAAUCAAACUCCAAGAAUUCUACUGUUAUCAAAGCUCCUCCCACAAAGUCCAUUUCAUCACCUGUGCCUCUGUCAACGAUCAAAUCAAAGGAGACUGAACUUGUUAGCUCGAAUACUAUUGACUUUGUUGCUGAUUUCAGCAAGGUACCACCUCCUUCGCCACUCACCAUUCCACUAAAAUUACCACAGCUUGUUGCACCACCGCAACAUUCAUUUGCUAACUUUGACAAUAAUCCAAUCUUCAACUCACCUACAGCUGUUUCCAGUACUCCAGCGACAAGUCAAAUCACACCUACACUUGCUUUUGCAAAUAGUAAUGGAACUACAAAUACUCCACCCCCACCACCUGAAGAUCGUUAUGCUGCCUUAAAAGACUUGGACUGUAUGAUGAAACAAGCAAGUCUUAAAGAUGAACCAAUUUCGUCCAAAGCUCCAUGGAAUUUAAAAGAUAUUAAUAAUGUUCCAAACACAAGUUGGUCAGCUUUUGAUCAAAUGCCUUCUCCAUUUAUCUCAAAUCCUUUUGCUGGAGAUAUUUGGCAGCCAUCUGUUAAUAUACUCAAUAAUAAUUUUAAUAAUAGUAAUAACAAUUUUCAACAAAUGGAACCUACCGUUUGUAAUCCUGCUAAUCCAUUCAGGCAAACGCAAAUUCCGAUGUUCAGUAAUGACUUCAAUUGGUUCGGACACGACCCUCAAAAUGCGGAAAAUAUUUCAUCUAGUCAUUUAUCGCCUUUAUCCAACAAAUCAUGGCAACCAACUGUAACAGGAUUCAGAGCAAAUCCUUUUGUUGUUGGUUCUGGUGUUGGAGAUGUAACGCGAAACUCAAAUAAUCCUUUCUUGUGAUCCAUUGCAUUAUUUUUUGAUCAAAUUUUAAGAACAAACAUUCUACAUUGGCGUGUAGAUUUGAAAGAGAAUUUUUAUUGUAUAU